UGAGUGAGUGAGUGAGGACAAUGGCCAAGAGGGAGGAGGGCGAACGCUGACUCCGAUCCGAACUAAACCGGCCAAACGACUUUAUGCAACGGUCGCGCAACAGUUCGCGUUUAAGAUUGUUUAUAAGCCCCACCUUUGUUUCGUUACUGAAGCGCUUUUGUUUCAUUUUAAUAUUAAAAUUAAUGUUCUUUACUAGUUAUCGUCAAAUGAUUAGACGUCGAAUAUCUAGUCAUAAAGAAACAAGUGUGGACAAUGUUUGGAUAGGUGUCGAAAUACACAGGUCGCGAGCAGGUGAGGAGCGGUACUAAACGUGAAAUGAUUUUAUUUGUGAUUAGUUAGUGAAAAUGAAAUGUUGUAAGGACAUGGAGCUGCAGAAGAGACAUAGCCAGUUCAGUGAUACUAAAUAUAAAUGGAGGACGGCCGUGGUGACGUUGUUGUUGUGUAUGUGUGGGUGUGACGGCCAGGAGUCCCCGGGUGCAGGGAACACAGACCCGUACAUGCUGAACGAGUCGUCAGGGUUGACGGAGCAGGCGGGCGGCGUGAUCGCAGGCGGUCGCACCGUGUGGAAGGUGGAUGGCAGCCCGUAUCUCCUUCGGGAUGACUUGCUUGUGGAGAGAGACGCGGAGUUGGUGAUAGAGCCGGGUGUGGAGGUCCGGUUUGCGCCAAUGGUCGGCCUCACUGUCCGGGGAAGGCUCGUUGCUGUGGGCCAUCAUCAAAACGGAAUCACAUUUACCAGUACAGAAGAUCCAGUCAAGUUAGCGAAACCAAUUCCCGACAUACGUCUAGUAGACGGGCCGUCGAUUCUAGCGGGGAGAGUACAAAUUCUACAUAAAGGCCAGUGGCGAUCCGUGUGCACAAAUUCUAGGAAUUGGACAAUAAACGACAUGGAGACGGCGUGUCGACAGUUGGGUUUUAUGGGUGGUUCGUUCUACAAUUGGAUGGAUCGGCAGCCCGGUCGUCGUGCGAGACUGUUAUUCGAAGAACCAAAAUGCAAAGGCACCGAGUAUGACAUAUUUCAGUGCGACUGGAAUUCCAGACAACUUGGCUCGGGAGUGUGCGACUACCAUCCAGAUCUGGGCAUUCAGUGUCUACCGCAUCAUGACGAUAAUGAACUAGGAACAUCUGCGCGACACUGGCGAGGAAUUCGAUUUGAAAACGCUGUGUACGAAAGAGUGCUGACGGCCACUAAUACACUGUAUGUUCCCACCUCCAUGUCAAGGCUGGCGCAUGUAACAAUAAAAAACGCAGGACUAGGUAGAGGAAACAAUGCGACUAGCGCUUUAGACAUUAUAGGGGUCCCACCUACCAUGGAGGACAUUGAAAUAUCUAACUCUGCUUUUAACGCUAUAAAUGUGACGUCACCCAACGCUCCAGUAAUAAUAAAUAAUUGCACGAUACAAAACAAUAGAGGUUAUGGUGUAUAUGUGAACUCCACGUACGGCAUGGCCAGGAUCGAAAAUUGCUUGAUACAUGACAACGGAGGCGAUGGUGUCAAGUACGUGGUUCAUGAGAUGAAUAUUGAUGAGAGAUUUGAUAGAAGCGAAGUUUUCGACCUAUGUACACUGGCUUCUACUCCAAGCCAAACAUUCCCAAUACAAAUGUCUAUAGAGCAAUCUCGAUACUCAAACAUGGCAAGAGAUUGUAGUCAGAAAUUUUAUACUAGAUCUGACCACGUUCUUACUUUAAGCUUUAUUAACAUUAUGACUAACCGCAACUAUACAGGGGAAAUAUUUGUUUAUGACGGUUUAAGUACAGAAGAUAAGUUAUUGCUGUCGUUUAGUAUAAGAAAUUACACACGACCGCAAAGUGUUACAUCCACUAGAAACAGAAUGUUCGUGAGAUUUCGAGCUGAUACUAGAACUGAUAUUGUAGGUUUUCUACGAUUAGUAUCAGGCGUCACUAAAACAUACGAUUUGAAUGUAACAGACACCAUAAUAUCUGACAAUAAUGGUAGAGGCGUAGUCAUUGAAAAUCUAAGAUCACAAAUUCAUAUUCAUCGUACGUCUAUAUCUAAUAAUAACCAUGUCGCUGGUCUUCAAGUUGUGAGUGGGGCAGGCGACGUUAAUGUAACUGAGAGCAGAAUAUCAUUCAAUCAAGGAGACGGAAUUAAUAUAACGGUGACUGGGGGCAAUAGAAACAUAUCAAGAAGCAUUUUAAGCUCUAAUCAAGGUUAUGGUCUUGCAGUAUGGCUAAAUAAUACUAAAGAAACUGAAUACGUACCAAUCAAUCAAACUACGGUUAUAGAGUACUCUGAAAUAUUUAAAAAUCUUGAUGUUGGUAUACUACACGGAAACUACUGUGGUGAUAGUUGGCUCAAUAUUACUGGUAAUUGGUUCAAUACAAGCGUCGAAAGCACUAUAGACAUAUCCACAUGCUGGAGAUUUAAUAACCCAUCUAAGUUGCUUCACUUACAAAUAGGACACAAUAGAUUUUAUCAAAAUCAGAGAGUCCCGUUGAAAAUUCAGCCAGCUUUAAAUAUCCUUGGUAAAAUUGAAUAUAACUAUUUUGAGCAUGGAAAUUAUGGCGCAAUAGUUAUAAUGAAUCGAAUAGAAGGGAAGUAUUUAGAAGAAUUUGAAAUUCUGCCGGCAAAAUUUAGUAUACAACAUAAUUAUUUCUUCGGUAAUCGAGGUCCAUUUGUAGUGAAUCUUGGAUUGUCGCCCUAUAGUGAUAUUCAGUAUAUAUUAUUUACCAGAAAUUAUUUAAGAGAAAAUAAGGUAAGGGAGGCCUUCGAGCCUCUGGAAGGUAUAGCUUCUCGAUUGACGCCCCGAAGCAGAGUAGCGGCAACGAUAGUUUUGGCUUCGAGUAAUAUUGAUGUCUUCAGAAAUAUAAUCAAUAACCCAGAAGCUCAAUAUGAAAUAGGCUCUCAUGUUGAAGAUCAGAGUAAAAUUUUGAAUUGUACGUAUAAUUGGCUUGGCUUUGGUGAAGAAGAAAAGGUAUAUAAUAGACUAUUCCAUAGAAAAGACAGAUAUAAUUUAGCUAAGAUUAUUUAUAUGCCUUAUUUAUUACAUAGUAGUAACCCUGGAGCAACACAGAUCAAUUAUAAUUCACUGUAUGUUCCGCAAUUUAAUGUGCCAGGAACAUUUGUUGUUGGAGGAGAAGUGGAGGGUAUAGAAAUACUCAGACAAGGAGAAUAUGACGUUGAUAAAGAUAUUAAUAUCCGGCCAGGAGGUAAACUCAUUAUUCAAUCCGGCGUGACUUUGAAAUUUCCUCCUGCGAUUGGAAUGAUAGUUGCAGGAAAACUUGACGCUAGAGGUAAACGACCAAACGAUAUAACGUUUACGCUCAAAGAUGAGAUAAUUAUGAGCAAUGACAGUAUUUAUGAGACUGAUACAGAAUUCGCCCCAACCACCCCUAGUUACUCAGAACCCAUUGUUCCUAUAAGACUUCUGGGAGGAAGAACACAACAUGAAGGCAGAUUACAAGUUAGAAUUGAUGAUAAAUGGGGCACUGUGUGCAAUUAUAGGUGGAACAUCAUCAAUGCUGCUUUAGUUUGUAAUCAACUUGGCCUUGCUUUAAACCCAGAUGACUGGUACUUAGAACCCAAUGAAAUACCAUCUGCAGGUGUUACAGAAGAUAUAAUUUUGUCAAAUGUAGAAUGUACUGAAUUAGAUAAUGAUAUUACAAAAUGUAAAGCAGAAACUAGAAAUCACUUUGAAAAUUCCUGUACUCACGAAAAUGACGUCGGAAUAAGAUGCUAUGAAACUAGUUGGGCCGGAAUUAGAUUCAGUGUAAUUUCAGAAAGAACUGACUUACAAUAUGUGACUAUAGAAAAAGCCGGUCUUUUAGAUUAUUCGUCUAAUGCUUUUAAACCAGCACUUCAAAUGGAUUUUUCUCGUCAUGGCUUAGAAAGUGUUAAGAUAAUAAAUAAUUACCAUGAUGGACUUGGAAUCUUAUAUUCAGAUUUAUAUGGAUCUGACGCUGUAAAUACUGUUAGAAAUUCAGAGUUCAGUAAUAAUAGAGGAAGCGGUAUUAGUUUUAAGCAGCUAGGUCUAAAAGUUUAUGGCUCAGUAAUUGAAAAUAACAACAUUGCAGGAAUUUCACAUAAUCCUCAUUUGACUGCUUUACAGCAGAGAGAAUUAGCUGGUUGGUUCAAUUUAGAUCCUGGCUUUAAUGUGGACGAAUUUAACUAUCAACCGAUAAUGAUUCCUGAAUACGAAACUGAUAUUAGUUUGGUCAAUGGUGAAACAAGACAUUUAGUUUUUACUAAACGUUAUGGAGAAAACAAAAUCAAAACAUAUAAUAUCAAAUGCAACCCAGGAUAUGUACUUGGACUUCAGCUUUUAAAUCCGAUACAUAAUUUCUCUACAGAGAGCAUUUGUAUCUAUGAUUCUCAAAAUAUUAACGAAGGAAGUACUAAAUGGUGUCUUGAUCGUGACUUAUCAACAUUUCCAACAACCAGCAAUAGUUUUGGAGUAGUGUUGGUAUAUGAAAGUGGUGUCGCAGCGCUCGGUGGCGUAGUUUUAGUCGUGAGUGCAAUUACUGCACCAGUACAAAAUCUUCGCAAUAGAAUCGUGAAAGGACCUGUACCGAUAUUGCAGGUUGUUAAUUCAAGAAUAAAGGGAAACACCAAAGGUAUUAAGGCACUUUACUACAACCGUUACUUAAAUGAACUCGGCGAUCACUUUCUACGAAAGGCAAAUGAAAGUAUUAAGCUAUUUAAUUGUGAGAUAGCACACAACAAAGAAGAAGCUGUGUAUGUUAACACUCCGUUUUGGGACAUUCAUGAUAGCAAUAUUACUGAAAUUACCAUAAUGAUCAACAACAGUUUGAUUACAGAUAACGGAAAAGGAAUUUAUCAUUUCGCUAGAGAUUUGAGGAGUUCAAACAAUUUGUAUCAUUAUAUUCUGCAAGAUAAUACUAUAGAGAGAAAUAAGUUUGGAGGGUUCGAUGUCGCCUUGCCUUAUGCGUGGCAAUACAACGAAAAUUUUACACAUUCUGUUUAUAUGCAUAAUAAUACGUGGAGAAACAAUUAUAAUUUUGCCUUAGUGAUAGACGGUCAUUUUGCUGAAGUUAAUAUGACAAGAAACAUAUUUACAGAUAAUAAUUGCAAAACUGGUCUUGUGGCGAUUAGAGGAAUGGAAAAGAAGAUGAAAAUUGAGGGUAAUUUGAUUGAGAGAAAUAAUGGACAGUUUAUGGUGCAGUUUUUCAUGGACAGUCAAAGCGAAAUUAUGGGAUUGGUGAAAGCGGUUUUUUCUUUCAAUCAAGUUAAGAAUAAUAGAAAUUCGGCUACUCUGGUCCGUAGUUCUUUGAUGAGACGUACAGAACCAACAUAUGUUGUAGGUUUUAAGGGAAUACAGAAAGUAGAAGUUAAAAGGAAUUUAUUUGGAAAUAACGAUUUGUCAUACACCCUAUUGGCUGGUAUUAAAACAGCGAAAAUCAAUAAUAUUUUAUAUGUCACUGAAAAUUGGUGGGGUAGUACGGAUGAAAUGCAAAUUAAGAAACAAAUUUUUGAUUUUGAUGACUGGAACAAUCACGCAAUUGCCAACUACUUGCCAUAUCUACUCGAAGAUAACUUUGAUUCGAGCCUUUCAGCGACAUUUAGCCCUGUGACAGAUGUAGACACGAAUGAGCUGGGAGGGCGUUUAACUUCUGAUCUUACAUUGGAAGGUCGUAUUGCUCCAUACAUAGUCAGAGGUGAUAUUACCGUAAUGCCUGAUGUAAAACUGACUAUCAAUCCAGGUGUGAUAUUGGAAUUUGCACCAAAUGUUGGUAUAUUGGUAAUGGGAACACUUUAUGCGAUCGGCAGCAGCCAGACGCCAAUCAUAAUGAGACCACUAACUCCUUCAACUGACAGUGAAAUAAACAGAAUCGAAAAACGAGAAGUCAGUCAGUACUCGUUUAUUCGUCACAAACAUAAAAGACAAUUAGAAAAUUUCAUAGUUCAAAAUUCUAUAAGACUGUGUACCGGCAGAAACUGCACAAUUAACGAUAAUAUAGUAGAACGAAACAAUGAAGGGUUUUUGGAAUAUUACAAUCGGACAACACUUCAGUGGGUUCCGAUGUGUGAUAAUCGUUUUACUGAGAGAAACGCUCAAGUGGUAUGUCGUGAGUUAGGCUUCGAUCCGAUAAAUGUAUUCUUUGCUCACGACCGGCGCGUGGAGUACCAUAGCAACUCUCUGUCACGUAUUUGGUCUUGGCCUGAGCCUUUACAAUGUAUCGGUACCGAAGAUCGAUAUGAAGACUGUCCUAUCAGACUGAACGGACAACUGUACGGCCAUAAGCAUGAAUGCAAAUGGGAUUCUAAUUUUGUAUUCAUUCAUUGUGGAACAAGAAAUCUGGAUGAAAAUUUAGAAUACUGGGGCGGUAUUCGUUUUGCCAAUCCAGAAUUUGAGUUUUCACUGUACGAGCAUAGAAUUCAUGAUCACCACACGCAUGAGACAAUGAAGAAGGAGGAAAGCUCUUUAUUACACGUGCACAUCGUCGGAGCUGGCGUGCUACACAAUGAAAAGUCUCCCGCCGUCCAGAGUAUUACGAAAAAUCCCACUAUACAGAACGUUAACAUUAGUCAAUGUGCCCACCACGGCAUCAAUAUCAUAUCGCCCACCGACUCUAUUCAUAUAAGGUUUAACACAAUCAACGAUACGCUGGGAGAAGGCAUUAGUGCCAUAUCGCUUAACGGAGAGGGUAGAGAAUCCGACGAGUCCAGUUUCACCCCGUUAAAAGAUUUGAAUCUUCCAUACCACAUGUUCUCGCUCAUAGACAUCUGUGACAGUACGAAGAUGGUAACAGUGGAAGAGAGAGUACUCUUGUACUACAAAUACGACAACAAUCCAGUGAACUGUGUCAAAAUAUUCAAGAGUGCAUUUAGGGUUAAGCCCUUUGGUUUUAGAUUACUUCAGUUUAAUUUGUUCAACCAUACAACGAACUAUGGGAAACGCGAUUCAUUGACUCUGUACGAUGGAGAUAUUUACAAUAUUACAGCCCCGCAGAUCGGCUACUUGGAGAACGGCUCCCCCGAUGAGAAGAAACUGUUCCGUACCAGCGGCCCCAGCCUUAGCGUCAAGUUGUUCGCUAACGGCGCCGCCUCCGUGCACGGAUUCAUCGCCGAGAUCGUCACUCUGCCUAUAUCUGCUAUUGGAUUCAAUCGCGACGUGCAGCACAAUAUAUCGAGCAGCGAACUGACGUACAACAGGGACGGCGCGAUCACGUACCAGUCGGUGGGCGAGGUGAACCCCAUGGUGGCCAUCAUCCGGAACGAGAUCAAGAGCAACUGUCUCAAGCUGUACGGCAACUUUACCACCUGCCAGGCCGCCGUCACCAUCGACGUGCAGAACACGCAGACCCUGGUGUUUAAGAACAACCUGGUGCAGGACAACGUGGGCGGGCUGCUGGUGCGGGCCGACUCGCGCGGCGCGGCCACGUCGCUGCGCGGCUGGAUACACAACAACCUGUUCUACGACAACCACGACCUGCCCUGCCUCCGGGUUGAAGGGCGACAGUCGUCCCCGUACCAGGAGGUGACGGUGUACAGCAACUACCUGACGCGCAACCGCGCCGAGUACUGGGACGUCAUCGUGCUGCAGCAGGUGGUGUCCAACUUCUCGCACAACUACGUGCACCGCAACCGCGGCCGCCGCAUCCUGCGCGUGGCCGGCUUCCAGCGCGUGCGCCUGCCCGUCUACCAGACCACCGCGCACAACGGCUUCUACCACAACUACGCGGUGGACCGCGAGGGCCGCGCCACCGUGGUGGCGGGCACGGCCGGCCAGCGCUACGUCGACAACAUCUUCGACAACCCCGACAACGACUACGAGAUGAUCACCGUCAACAGUUCCAUCUUUGACUAUAACUCUGCCGGCGCGAGCGCGGGCGAGGCGUGGCGGUGGCGCGUGGAGGCGGCGCACAACUACUGGGGCAGCGGCAGCGCGGCGGCCGUGGCGGGCCGCGUGCGCGAGCGCGGCGACUGCGCGCGGCUGCUGGCCGUGCAGCUGCUGCCGUUCCGCGCCGACAACCGCAGCCUGCUGGCCGGCGGCAAGUGCCCGCCCGCCUGGGCCGCCGUGCGCGGCGCCUGCCUGGCCUACGUCGCCGCGCCCAUGACCUACGCCGCCGCGCGCGCCUUCUGCCUGUCGGACAACGCGUCGCUGCCGUACGUGACGAGCGGCGACUACGCGGAGCUGUACUCGUUCGUGGCGGCGGCGGGCGGCCGGCCGGGCGACGCCGACCGCGUGUGGGUCAACCACAUCGACUACGUCUCGCGCUGCACCUCCUUCGCCUCCUCCUCCGUCGACGUCACCGACUGCAACCAGAAGAACCCCUUCAUAUGUGAAAUCGACCCCCGCAUCUCGAUCGACCCGCUGUCGUGGCGCGACGACGAGCUCACGCUGGCGCUGAUGGGACUGCUGGCGGCCGCGCUGCUGCUGGUCGGCGCCGCGCUGGUCUGCUGGUACUCCAAGUCCAAGCAUAGGCAUUUACAAAGGUUGGAGCGUCGUAACUCGAUCCGGCAGUCGUUGCACUCGGUCCGCUCCAUAGGCAGCAUCAACGGAGGCUUCCCGGACACGGCGUACAGGCGGAAAUUAGCACAAAUGAGCACGCGAUCCACGGAGACACUGACCAAGGGCUCCGACUAUCGGAAGAUGCUAACGUCGACCACGUCUAUGGAGUCGAUGGAGAAGAGCCAGUUCAACUCGUCGAUGGAGGACAACCAGAGCUUCGAUAUCUACGAGGCGCACAACCCCAGCCCCGGCGUGAUGCAGCUCAAGCAGAGCACGUUCAUGAAGAAGCCGGCCUCGCCGGAGUACUCGGUGCCGCAGAACAACAGCGGGCUGUUCGAGCUCGCGUACAGGAACCAGGGCUACAAGGACGCGUCCGAGUCGGCCAGCGAGGCGCCCUCCAUCAACACCGUGGCCACCGAGGAGAUGCCCAUCCUGCCGCGGCCGCCCGCCGACCACUACUUCACCUCCGACACGCUGCCGCUGAGGGCCGCGGGCCGCCCGGCCGACAGAGAGGACAGGGUGUACGGGCCCUACGGAGCCCCCGCGUGCGUGGUCGGCCAGCAGCCGAAGCUGGCGUUCCUGAUGGAGCUGCGGUCGCGGCUGCCGGACCAGCCGCCGCCCGCCGCGCCCACUACGUUCGGUCAGAGGACCAACGGAAUCCCGGCGGCGGCGGUCGGCGCGGUCGGCGCGGGCGGCGUGGACGAGGCCGGCGUGCCGCCGCCGUCCCGCGCGCGGUCCGAGGCGCUGCUGGAGACCAACUUCGAGUGCGAGGACUCGGACUGCAGCCCGCUGCCGCUGGCCGACGCCGCGCGGUCCUACAGCCAGCCUCUGGAGACUUCCAUGUAGUAUUGCGUCGUGCGCGGGUCCGCACGGCCUAUAGACGUCCCUGCUGACUCGACUCGACGACGCUGCGCGCCGACGAGUAUUAAAAACUGUAAUAGUAAAGCAAUGAAAAGACUGAGCGUGAACGGAGGUGUCUUACUAGAACAAUUGUAUUCUUUCCCAUCUAACAUUUCCAACGAGUGCCUUAGGUUUUUGACUGUACUUGAACAUUCCUGUUGCGUUUCUAUGUACUUACGCACUCAUACUUUAUAUAACGAGGAGAUAUAUUUAUACAUAUUUUAAAGCUAUAUAUAUAUAUAUAUAUAUAUAUAUAUAUAUAUAUAUAUAUAUAUAUAUAUUAUAUAUUAUAGACAGAGAAUAUACGAUCUCAAUAUUUUAUUUUUAAAAAUAAAAUAAAUUUAAAAAAGCCUUACUCGUGUGGUCUUCUCUGCAGGUGCGAUAUUUCUGUAGGUAAAUGUCCGAGCUCGACGAACCGAUACAUUACCUGUGCAAUGAUUCCUAUUGCAAUACUUUAAUAUUAAGUUACGUCGUCCGUCCCGAUGUUUAUAUACAUAUAAUUAGAGAAAUGUUUAAUGUUGACCAUAUAUUAUAUGAAAUAUUUGUUCUAUGAAUAAAUAAUCAUAGCUAGCAUAAUAAGUCCCUAGCGCUUACUGACACACAUUCCGAGUCCAUGUACAUAUAUAUACCUAAUGGAUAUGUUUAUUGACAUUAAGUUUUUUUUUUCUAUUUUUCUUCUAUUUUAAGUAAAACAUUUUACAUCACUCAAUGUAUUUUACCUCUUAUUUUUAUACUGUAACUUUAUUUACACAUAUAAGCUGUGAAUAAACUCUAUGUACUUUUUCAAAAUAAUAUAAUGACUUUUUUCUUUUACAAUUUUAGAAUAUGACAAUGUCAUAGACGCCAAAAUAAAACCGAAAAAGUUAUUUGAUACA